CCGGAACCGCGCCGGCACAUGCGCACGACAAAACGCGCCGGCAAUUGAUACCGACAGUGGAAAUGCUGCGGCCUGCGGGGCUCUGGCGUCUGUUGCGGCGACCUCGGGCGCCGGGGGUCCCCGCGGAGAACCUUUGCCGUAGGGAGGUCGCCUCUGGUGUCUCUGUCCCCUGCGGCACCUCGCCCAGAGCCCUAAAUAUCUUCGACCGGGAUUUGAAGAGGAAACAGAAGAACUGGGCGGCCAGGCAGCCCGAGCCGAUGAAGUUUGACUACCUGAGGGAGGAGGUUGGAAGUCGGAUCGCCGACCGUGUGUAUGACAUAGCCAGAGAUUUCUCCCUUGGCUUGGACCUUGGUUGUGGAAGAGGUUACAUAGCGCAACAUUUGAAUAAGGAAACUGUUGGAAAAUUUUUCCAAACCGACAUUGCAGAAAAUGCUUUGAAAAAUUCCUUAAAAACAGAAAUUCCUACUGUCAGUGUUUUAGCUGAUGAAGAGUUCCUUCCCUUCCAAGAAAAUACAUUUGAUCUGGUGGUUAGCAGUUUAAGUUUGCACUGGGUAAAUGACCUUCCUAGAGCACUUGAACAGUGUUUUUCUGAUUAUAAAAGUGCCCAGAUUCAUUAUGUUUUAAAACCAGAUGGAGUAUUUAUUGGCGCAAUGUUUGGAGGCGACACACUCUAUGAGCUUCGGUGUUCCUUACAGUUAGCAGAAACAGAAAGGGAAGGAGGAUUUUCUCCACACGUUUCUCCUUUCACUGCUAUCAAUGACCUCGGACAUCUACUUGGGAGAGCUGGCUUUAAUACUCUGACUGUGGACACCGAUGAAAUUCAAGUUAACUAUCCUGGAAUGUUUGAAUUGAUGGAAGACUUACAAGGUAUGGGUGAGAGUAACUGCUCUUGGAACAGAAAAGCCCUGCUGCACCGAGACACAAUGCUGGCGGCUGCAGCAGUGUACAGAGAAAUGUAUAGAAAUGAAGAUGGUUCAGUACCUGCCACAUAUCAGAUUUAUUACAUGAUAGGAUGGAAAUAUCAUGAUUCACAGUCCUUUGUUAUUUCUGUGAGAGGACCAUAGCCAUGGAGAUGAAGGGAAGAACAAGUUGCCAGCCUUUGUAUGGUGAGGCCACUCAAGCAGCUCUGUGGAGAGGACCUCGAGGUGAGGAGCAGAGGCCUCCUGCUAAAAGCCACAUGAGGGAGCCGUGUUGGAAGCAGAUCCUCCAGGCCCAGUCAAACUUCAAGAUGACUACAAUCCCAGCCAAGAUUUGACCAAAACCUCAUGAGCAAGAACUACUCCAGCUAAGCCACUCUCCAAUGUGUUACUUACAGAAAGUAAGAUAAUAAAUGUUUGUUGUUUAAA